AUGGCUGGAGCAGCGGUGGCGGCGGUCGACGUGCCGGCGGCGGCGGCCAACGGAGGGGCGUGCUGCCACGCCGCCAAGGGGCCCGGGUACGCCACGCCGCUGGAGGCCAUGGAGAAGGGGCCCAGGGAGAAGCUCGUCUACGUCACCUGCGUCUACAACGGUACUGGAAUUAACAAGCCGGAUUACCUUGCGACGGUGGAUUUGGAUCCCAACUCUCCUACAUACUCCCAGGUGAUCCACAGGCUCCCGGUCACCCACACCGGCGAUGAGCUGCAUCACUCUGGCUGGAACUCCUGCAGCUCCUGCCACGGCGAUCCAUCAGCCAAGCGCCGCUUCCUGAUCCUGCCUUCGUUGCUGUCAGGUCGUGUGUAUGUCGUUGACACAGCGACAGACCCGAGGGCGCCAUCCUUGCAUAAGGUGGUUGAGUCUGAGGACAUUGCUGAGAAGACUGGGCUUGGGUUUCCUCACACGUCUCAUUGCCUUGCAUCUGGCGACAUUAUGAUUUCUUGCCUUGGGGACAAGGAGGGGAAUGCAGCUGGCAAUGGCUUCCUGCUGUUGGAUUCAGAGUUUAAUGUCAAAGGGCGUUGGGAAAAGCCAGGUCAUAGUCCAUUGUUUGGAUAUGACUUCUGGUACCAGCCUCGCCACAAGACGAUGAUCAGUUCAUCAUGGGGAGCCCCUGCAGCGUUCAGGACAGGUUUCAAUCUUCAGCAUGUCCAGGAUGGCCUGUACGGAAGGCACCUGCAUGUGUACGACUGGCCUGGUGGUGAGCUCAAGCAGACACUUGAUCUAGGUGACACUGGACUUCUUCCCCUUGAGGUGAGGUUUUUACAUGAUCCAUCAAAGGACACUGGCUAUGUUGGCUGUGCUUUGACAAGCAACAUGGUGAGAUUUUUCAAGACCACGGAUGGAUCGUGGAGCCAUGAGGUUGCUCUCUCUGUGAAAACAUUGAAGGUCCGCAACUGGAUUCUGCCGGAAAUGCCAGGAUUGAUAACUGAUUUCGUUAUCUCUCUUGACGACCGUUAUCUCUACUUGGUAAAUUGGCUUCAUGGCGAUAUCAGGCAGUACAACAUUGAGGAUCCUGCAAAGCCUUUCUUGGCUGGACAAGUAUGGGUUGGUGGUCUUCUUCAAAAGGGCAGUGAUGUCGUCUAUGUUACUGACGAUGGUCAAGAAGAACAGUAUAAUGUGCCUCAAGUCAAGGGUCAUCGACUUAGAGGUGGACCACAGAUGAUUCAGUUGAGCUUGGAUGGCAAGAGGAUAUUCGUGACCAACUCACUUUUCAGCCGUUGGGAUGAGCAGUUCUUUGGUGAUGAUCUUGUCAAGAAGGGCUCCCACAUGUUGCAGAUCGACGUCGACACCGAGAAAGGAGGGCUGGCUAUCAACCCCAACUUCUUUGUAGAUUUUGGCACCGAGCCUGAUGGUCCUGCCCUGGCCCAUGAGAUGAGAUAUCCUGGUGGGGACUGCACCUCUGAUAUAUGGAUCUGA